AUGGCUAUUCUUUUGUUCUGGCUUGCACACUCUGUUGCUUUCGUAUCCGUUGCUGGUCUUUUCUGUAUUGGAAAGUCUACGGCUGUAGCUAUCGUUCAUAAUGGCGUCCACGUCCUGCUUAGACACAUGUUUCCUUCAACAUUUCUGUUCCCUAAAGGUUCAGAACUUGACCAUGGGUUGUGUGAUUUUGAAGCUCUAUGCCGUCUUCCUCAGUGUGCUGGUGCUCUGGAUGGUACGUUUAUGCGCAUAGAAAAGCCUAUAAAGUUUGAAGAUUCAUAUUUCUGCUACAAGCGUUUUCACUCUAUCAUUAUUUUGGCAUGUGUCGACGCAAGAGGUAUCUUCACAUCAGUCAAUUCUGGGAGACCGUGGUGUGUAGGUGAUUUUUUCACCUACAAUCACAGUAGCUUGAAAAGAAAUAUUGAUACUGGAGACUGGCUUCAUGUAAGCCAUUCAAAAAUUAUCAACGGACAGGAAAUUAGACCCUUUCUAGUUGCUGAUUCUGCCUUUUCAUUGUCACCAACAGUAAUGAAGUGCUCUGAUGAAGAUCCAGUGAGACCUCACUAUGUAAGCUUUAACUACUCUGUCAUUCGUAUUAGGAGAGUCGUAGAACAAGCAUUUGGUCGUUUAUAA